AGUGUUACUAUGGAGUAUAGCGUGAUGUUCCUGAAACUAAUUAUUCUGUGGUUAAAUAGUCGUAUAUUUUACGACGCUCUAGCUACGAUGGCUGCAGACUGGAAGGACGCCGCCAUCAGUGACAUGCUCACGAUGACGAGCAAGGCAAAUUUAUCGCGGCGCUUCUCCAACGUGAUCAUCGGACUUCAUUCGGCAGCGGCGUUUUCCUACGGUAUUGGCGUGCUCGUAUCCAAUCCCGACAAUUACGACGGUGAUGGAGUUGAAACGCCCGUUCGUGAGUUCACGCUGAAGCUACAACUCCCGUUCGAGUGCAACGAGUCGCCGCGGUACGAGGUCGUUAUGUGUCUGGAAUUUCUUCAUCAACUGGCAUCUUCCGCCAUGACCGGCAUACUGAACUCUCUGAUCAUCUCGUUAAUCCUUCAUACAAGCGGCCAAAUAGAUAUUUUAUGUGAUGCAUUGAGAGAUAUCUCUUCCGAAAAGAAGAAUCAACGUUUUGCUGUCUCCAUUAUGAAGGAACUGAUUGGGUUCAUGAUUGUAACAUCGAUCAACACGCAAGACUCCGAUACGAUCGAUAGCUCGGCAUUAAUGAAAGCUAUUGUGUUUUACAUGGCCGCUACGGUAGAGGCGUUUAUCUUUUGCUUUUGCGGAGAAUAUCUCAGUGCCAAGAGCAAAAUGAUCGGCGAUGCGGCGUACAAUUCAAACUGGUACGACUUCAAACCUAACGAAAGCAAGCUCGUCCUGUUUAUAAUAUUGAGAUCACAAAGAAGGCUUACCAUUACGGCUGGAAAGAUCAUGGACCUGUCACUAGAAGGAUUCACGAGUAUUAUAAAGGCCUCUGUUUCGUACAUAUCAAUAUUACACGCGAUGUAUUGAAGUUCGAAGAGAAGCUAUUUUGUUUAGAU